CAGAAUGAUAAAAUUGCAUGGGUCUGAGAGCACGUAAGCAGGACCUGCUUGUUACUUGACUAUGUUGUUCUGGAUAAUUUUUGUAUGGUGUCAACCGUCCGUCAAUUUAUGCCAACAUUGAAAUAGUCCUCGCAAAUGUUUAAACAUCUCUAAUGUUGUUUUAUCUGCAGGAGAUCUUACUUGGAGACAUGGAUGUCUUUUUCGUUUUCAAAUCCGAAAUAGUGGGACUUCUAGUUUCUUCAGCUGCAAUACUGCUUAGUGUGACUGCCUGUUAUUUCCUCUUAAAACCACUAAAUCGAAUCAGGGAUUUAUGUGAUGUCGGUUACGAAGAACAAUUGCGAUUAGAUAACUAUGGGCAAACUCGACGUCAGUUAGCAAAUGAAAUGCGUCGACGGAAAAAAAUUGGAGAGAUCCCACCAGUGUACCCUAAUGGGUGGUUUGUCCUGUGUGAGUCAGAUGAUUUAAAAAAUCGUCAGGUCCGAUCGGUUGACGCCCUUGGUGAACAUUUCGCUGUUUUUCGCUCUGCUGAAGGUGUCGCUUACGUCUUGGAUGCUUAUUGCCCACAUCUUGGUGCUCAUUUAGGUGUAGGGAGUCGGGUUGUAGGUGACUGUGUUGAAUGUCCUUUCCAUGGAUGGCAAUUUCGGGGGGCAGAUGGUCAAUGCACCUCUAUUCCUUAUACAUCGGGAAAAAUACCGAAAUCUGCGCGAGUUAAAUCAUGGCCUUGCGACGAAGUAAACGGUUUCAUAUUUGUCUGGUAUCAUGCUGAACAAGAAAACCCAAGCUGGAAAGUCCCUCGUAUACCAGAAAUUGUUACUAGAAAAUGGAUUUAUGGUGGACGGAGUGAAUACAAAGUGAACGCCCAUAUCCAAGAGAUCCCUGAGAACGGCUCUGAUGUGGCCCAUUUGGAUUGUUUGCAUGGUCCUUCUCUGUUAUAUGGAUCUGACCUUAAUGCAGCACAAGGCGGGAAGAGUGACAACGGCUGGGCACCUUUCCUUCAGCAUCAUUGGAAGGUGAAAUGGGAAGCCAAUUCCGAAGAAAAACAUGUAGCUAUUUCUAGCCUCCAUCAUGAACUACGCCUAUUCGGCCGAUUGCCAUUCAUUUCAGUUGAUGUGGAAGCUAAACAAAUGGGUCCCGGCUUAGUUUGUUUGUCUUUUAAUACCUCAUUUGGAAGAUGUCUUCUCUUCGAGACGGUUACACCGAUUGAACCAAUGAUUCAACGCGUUCUUCACCGUCUCUAUGCGCCUGUCUUUAUGGUAGGACCUAUAGCCAAAUUUUUUGUAUGGGGCGAGGCUGUCAUGUUCGAACGUGAUGUUGCUGUCUGGAAUAGCAAAACUUUCACAAGUAAACCUAUGCUUGUGGCAGAAGAUCGCGCAAUCAAUCUCUACCGACGCUGGUUCCAACAGUUUUAUUCAGAAAAUUCCCCCCGUUUCACCUUCAAAGAAAAUGUUAGCUCAUCCUGGUAAUAUCAACGCUUAUUGGAUAGGGAAAAAACGGCAUUUGACACUUGUUAUGUAUAAUUGGUAAAUUUUAAACAAAAAAUUUGUUUCCAUAGUAUGGUUCUUUUGGCAUGAUAUGUCAGCGUUAGCAUGUCUACCUUAUGUUUAGAGUUCUAGUACAAUCGCUAAAUUUUAGCGUGUUCAAAACACUAA